UGGUCAGGGUCCUCCGCUCGUAAAAUGCUAGCGUUUUUCGGAUAGUUUUGCUUAUGAUGUGAAGCUUAACUCGUCCCUGUCAACUUUCAACAACAACCUGCAGAUAAAAUGGACAAACAAGCGACUAAAGCAGAGUGUCAUCUCCUGGACCUUCCGUGGGAGGACGUGCUGGUUCCUCGGGUUCUGUCCCUGGUUCCUCUUCAGACCCUGAUGCAGCUGCAGAGAGUCUCCAAACAGUUCCACAGCCUCAUCCAGCUCUACCUCGCCAACUGCAGGGACUUCCACCUCUCUCCGUUGGCUCCGUCCAUCCCCCGGGAGGCCUUCUGCUCUAUGCUCAAAGACAACCGCGUGCUCCAGUCUCUGUCUCUGCUCUGCUGCUCCGACUGGGUCACGGACUCGGAGCUGCUCCCGGUGAUCGGCCAGAACCAGCAGCUGCAGCGCGUGGACCUGCGCGGCUGCACCUGCCUCACGCGGCGCUCCCUGGUGGCCGUCUCGCUCACCUGCACCCACCUCACGCACCUGGGCCUGGCGCACUGCGAGUGGGUGGACAGUCUCUCGCUGCGCAGCCUCUCCGACCACUGCCCGCAGCUCCAGUCCAUCGACCUGACGGCGUGCAGGCAGCUCAAAGACGAGGCCAUAUGUUACCUGGCGAGGAAGUGUGUGAGGCUGAAGAGCGUUUCGCUGGCGGUGAACGCGAACGUGACGGACGAGGCGGUGGAGGCGCUGGCCAAAAACUGCAGGGGGCUGGAGAGGCUGGACCUGACCGGCUGCCUCAGGGUCAACGACCACAGCAUCAGGACUCUGACGGAGUACUGCCCCCGGCUCCUCUCCCUCAAAGUGAACCACUGUCAUAACGUGUCUGAGCACAGCCUGGAGCCUCUGAGGAGACGAGGGGUGGAGAUGGACGUAGAGCCCCCCCUGCAGAGGGCGCUGGUGCUGCUGCAGGACGUGCUCGGGUUCGCCCCCUUCAUCAACCUGCAGAUUUAGAACUGAAGAUGCACAGGUACAGGUUUUUCUUCCUUGGCUUCUGCUCAGCUUCACUCCGACACAAACUGGACCCAGAUUUGAGAAUAUCCCAAAAAUAAAUAAAUUUAAAUCUGAUGAAGAUGAAGAAGAAGACAAAAUGGAUGCCCGUUUGGAUGCAUAAAGUUGGACAAAGCCAUGAACCUUUUCCAGUACAAUUUUAAAGACUGACACACACAUAACGUCUUAACAAUGAGGGCCUCUUUUACCAAAGCACUUUUGUUUUUUGCGAAUUUUAAAUGUUUUAUUCUUGCAGUGAGAGGUUUACAUGUUUUUUUGUUUUUUUUUCUGUUGUGUUGUUUAUGUUUCAAUAAUUUAUUUUGCAUGAA